AUAUUUAUAUGUAUAUUAAAAGGUGCACUCGACGCUUUUAAAUUCCAGUUCUAACUUUAUCUAGCAUGAUUUUUUUUAUCAUCAUAUGGUAUCCGGAACUGAUUAAUUCGGAUUCGUACUCCGUAUCGUAUCAGAAAUGAUAGAGAGAUCCUAUCAUUUACCACCGGCUAGAAUACAAGUAUAUAAAUACUCAUCAUCUACGAUUUUAAUAGUAUUUGGUCCCUAUAAAUUCAUUAGUGAACUACAUCCACUGCGGUCCCAUUGUAUUUGCUCAUUAAGACAAAGUCCUAAUUUUAUAGCUUCCCUAUAUUCCUCUUUUCAAUUUCCUCCUGCGAGUUAGCCAUAAAUUGAAGCAGAACAUUAUGUUAUCUUGAAAAUUGGGACCUUCUUCUGUGCCUUGUGUAUUUCUCCUGCUAGUAAUUGGUGCAAGAAAGAAAUUGAUGGAGGGAAAGGUUGAGGCAAUAGCCAAGGAGCUAAACGAUAAUGGACUUCAUUUUGAAACAAAACUGGAGCAGGAAGGAGAAUCAGUAACACAGGAGAUCAAAGUAGGAUGCGAUGACAAAAUCAGUGAAGAAGAGCAGAACAAGAUUUGCCUUAUGAGAGCUCUUGUCGAAAAGCAAGAUCCUUCUUCCAAGGAAGUAGAUGAUUUUGAGAUAAGAAGGUUUCUUCGAGCUAGGGAUCUGGACGUAGACAAAGCUUCGGCAAUGUUCUUGAAAUGCCUUAAAAGGAAGAAAAGCAUUGCACCAAAUGGCUUCAUUUCAGCGAGUGAGAUUCCAAACGAGAUAGCACACAACAAAAUGUUCAUGCAAGGAAGGGACAAACAAGGACGCCCUAUUGCUGUCAUUUUAGGUGCCAGACAUUUUCAUAAUAAAUUAGGUGGUCCUGACGAGUUAAAACGAUUUGUGGUCUUGGCUUUGGACAAACUCUGUUCAAGGACCUCGCCAGGUAGGGAAAAGUUUGUGGUAAUUGCAGAUUUCCAAGGUUUUGGUUAUUCCAACAGCGAUGCUCGUGCAUACAUUGGGGCUCUAUCCAUUUUACAGGACUGCUACCCUGAAAGACUUGAAAAACUAAUUGUAGUUCAUGUUCCUUACCUAUUCUGGACAAUGUGGAAAAUUGUGUAUCCUUUUAUUGAUAACAAGACCAAAAAGAAGAUCACAUUUGUGGAAAACA